AGCAUUAAAGUUUGCUGUAAAAUAGCUUUUUAUUUGCAUGUCAUAUGCACUUUGUUCUAGAGCAGCAUUUGAAAUGCUCAUAGGUCAAUAGCUAGCAUCACCAAUGCAGAAUAAAUGUUUGCAGUUUUUAGGCAGCAUUUCGAAGGCACUUUAGCAUUUUGAUAGCAUUGACGGUGCUUCUCAUUUUUUUUUCUCUAGUCCUAAUGAAUGCUUAUAUCGAGCUCUAUCCGGGCAAAGGAAAAUUGUUACACUUUUUAAAACUGUUCGGAAACAUGGAAAACUCAAAGAAAUGGGAAAAGUUUGUGCGAAGUGGUUCCUACAAUCGAAGCUUGAAGAAAUACAGUGAUAUAACAGUGCCAGAGACUUUUCAAAAUGUUCACGAGACGGAAACUAGUACAGCCACGAGUGAUCCAGCAUCAUACAGGAACAGUAGCUCACAGGUGGAUUGGCGACCAGCGGUUCCGUUGGCAGAAAAUGAUGAUGAGUUCUCUGAACUUGAAGACGUAAUAAGUCAAAUACAUGAAGACUACUACAGCCCAGAUAAUGUUGCUGACUACAGCCCAGAUAACGAUGCCAACUAUGAAUACGUUGAAGAAGAUCUUUCAUCGUUCCUUCAAAGCUGGAGUUUGGAGAACAAAAUAUCUCAUGCCGCGUUAAAACCAUUAUUAGCCCGUUUGUCUCAGUAUGAUCGAACGCUUCCGGAAGAUCCACGACGAUUGUUGAUCACUCCCCGAAAGCCGGUCGCUGUGGUUAAAAUACAAGGAGGCCAGUAUUGGCACCAGGGUCUUGAAAAUUGCCUUCGUUACUGCUUCACCGGUCUAGCAGCCCCUAGAAGCAUAUCAAUCAAUAUAAAUAUUGACGGUUUGCCAUUAUUCAAAAACGGCACGGACCAAGUGUGGCCCAUAUUAUUCAAUGUUCAUGAAGAAGUCAGCCAAAAGCCAAUGAUUAUAGGAAUUUUCCAUGGAAAAACGAAACCGAAGCGCGUUGAAGAAUAUCUGGGUCCUUUUGUUGAAGAGGCCGUACCGAUUUUGAACUCUGGCAUAGUUAUCAAUGGUCAUUUACUAAAAGUUAAAAUCCGCGCCUUUGUGUGCGAUUCACCCGCAAGAGCGUUUAUAAAAGGAUCUGUGAACUUCAACGCUUUUCAUGGAUGCUUGAAAUGUACUGCUGUUGGAGAACGACAACAUGAAUUACACAUUAACGUAUUUCCUACAACGGUUGCACCGAAACGGACAGAUAUCGGGUUUCGUAACAAGGCCUACGAUGGUCAUCAUCAAGUUUACAAAGUUCGUGAGAAUGGGAAAUCUAGGACUGUUUAUGUAGAAACACCUCUCUUAUGGCUGCCGAUGCUGGAUAUGGUGGAAGAUAUUAUCGUAAGACAAUUAUUCCUCCAUGAUGCGAAACUACCGAAUAAGUCGGAAGCUUGGUAAUUAUUUUCAGAUUGGCCCUUAUAAGGUGAGUGACUCGCGGAGAGUGUUUGACCUUUUUUUCAGUCAUCCCAGCGGCAAACGGUCGGACGCUCGGUCGCUGAUACCCGCGGCUGUUGGACCUGCCGUAGUCUCCGCGGGUAAUGCACCGGGUUCUACAACAAGUGCAGCACCCUCGAGAGAGCAUCAUUGGUGGUAAUCUGUCAAUCAAUUUAUUGAACUGUGUGAACCCGCUCGUACUGCGGGUUGGUUCGUCUAGUCGAAGUGAUGCAGAAUGCAAGUAUUGCAUCGGGACGUUGGCGUAGGGGAGGAGGUACUAUA